AUGGCCACUCUCAGCACUCCCACCACCUCCGCUUCCCUCGACCAAGACACCCCAACCCUAACCAACGACAAAAACCACAUCACCACCACAACCACCACCACUUUAUCUCCAUCCACUGCCCAUCCCCUCUCACCCACCCAACCCACCACCCUCCAAUGGCUCAAAUCCCGCCCCUACAUCCGCGCCGCCAUCUCCGAAUUCCUCGGAACCAUGAUCCUCCUCCUCUUCGGCGACGGCGUCGUAGCCCAAGUCCUCCUCAGCCACGGCGAAAAAGGCAACUACCAAUCCAUCUCCUGGGGCUGGGCCCUCGGCGUCAUGCUAGCAAUCUACACCUCCACCCCCUCCGGCUCGCACCUCAACCCCGCCGUAACCUUCACCUCCUGCCUCCUCCGUCACUUCCCCUGGUCCUACCUCCCCCUAUAUACCCUCUCCCAGAUCCUUGGCGCCAUGGCCGGUUCCGCUAUCGUCUACCUAAACUACAACUCCGCAAUCACUCUCUAUGAAGGCGGUCCGCACCUCCGCACCGUCCCCAACACCACCCCAGAAACAACAACAGCAACAGCCGGCAUCUUCGCCACCUACCCAGUCCCCUUCCUAAGCAAAGCCAGUCAAUUCCUCUCUGAAUUCCUCGCUAGCGCUAUACUAAUGUUCCUGAUCUUCGCUCUAAAAGAUGAACACAAUCUCGGGGGCGAUUCAGAAACAGGAAAGAAACUCUUCCCGUUGGCCAUGUUCUUUGUGGUUUUUGGUAUCGGGGCUUGUUUUGGUUGGGAGACCGGGUAUGCUAUUAACCUGGCGAGGGAUUUUGGGCCCAGGUUGGUGAGUUUUUGGUUGGGGUAUGGAGGGGAGGUGUGGAGGGCGGGGGUGGGUAUUUUUGGGUAUGUUCCUAUGGUGGCACCGUUUGUUGGAUGUACCCUUGGUGGGUGGCUGUAUGAUGCCUUCAUCUAUAUUGGGGAUGAUAGUGUCGUGAAUACUCCCUAUAUGGGUCUGGGUUGGUUGGUCAAGCCUCUCCGGCAGAAGCAGGGAGCCUCGCAGACCCACAGUCCGGCAUAG